AUGGAGCUUUGGGUNAGCGAUGAAACUACGCAAUGUCCGUCUUCACAAGGCCCUUUACCUGGUGCUGCUGUUAGUCCCGGUUUAGAUGGAGCUUUGGGUACUAAUGCCACUUGUCCGGGGGAUGGCACGAAGAAACCACCGUGUGCGGAAGCGGUGGGCACCGGAGGUGAUGGCGAGCUGAAGGAUCAUACCGCGGUCGGGCAGAAAGUUUGCGCCCCGCUCCACAGGGGUGUGGACAGUGUCGCGGAGGAUUGCCAGCAAAACGAGGAAUUAAUUCCGCAAAAAGACGAUUCUAGAAGUGGUGAACAAACUUCUAUGAACAAGGAGGCCUGCGAGGAAGCUUUGGGCAAUUCUACGUGCACGCCUUCAUCCUUGAAGCCUGGGCACCACACGCAAUCGCAAUCUAAUUUGGGAGCCACUUCUGGUGGUGGGGGUGGCAUUGUGAACGGUGUGCAGACAGGAGCUGGAGGACCUGCUGGUGCACCUGGUACUCCUGGCGCAGGAGGGAUACCAGGGGCUAAAGACACCGCCCUUGAGAAAGGUAUUGUUGGAGUGGAUGGCAAGUCUCUUGCGGACUGCCCUGCUGAAGGCGGGGGCCGUAUGGAGUGUUCGUCCAAUCGUGCUACGCCAAAAGCACAAGUGCAAAUCAAUGAACCUGGGGAACGACUUGAUAGCGGCGGCACGUUGGACAAAAGCGGUGGCAAAAAAAUCACCCAAAGUGAUAAAGGGCUAAGAGAGGACACCCAAUCAGAAGGAAAUGAUGAACCUGUUCACGCUGCCAGCGCAGAUGGUGAGUGCAAAAAUGGAAAGCUUGAAGGAAAAAAUAUGGAUUGCAAACAGCUGGACAAGGACAGGAGCACUCAGCCUGGACAGCGAGAGAAAGAUGUACUCCAAACCAAAAAUACCCAGGCACCAGAAGUAAAUCCAAAACUUGACAGCCCACUCGGUGCAAAGGAUGAAGCCAAGAAUGCUGCUACCACAUCAACUGCACCACCCUCACCUGACGCUGAGAGGUCUGCUAACGAUCACCCCAAUGUGGAGCCUGUUGAGAGUACUCCUCAGGCUGCAGUCGAUCAAAGUGAUGCCGUGCAAUCGCAGACAUCUCCCACCUCUACUUCCACGAGUGCCACAGAAGCCACAAGCAGCAGCCAGCCGAGCAGCAGUCCGUCAACCGACAAGGGCCAAGACACGAAGGCGGUGGACAGCAGC